UUCCAGCCCGGGAACCAGUAAACUAAAUAACUAACACCACCUGGUCACAUUCGAAGCUCACAUAAUAAAAACUUGAUCAGUUCAGUCAAAAAGACCGACAAGAGUCUCUCAAAUAUUGAGAUUUGAAAGGCAAAGAAAUGGCAGGAGCAGCAGGAAGGUACAGUCUAAACCCAAGAUCCAAGUCCCCAAUCCUCCUCAUUUUUCUCUCUCUCCUCGCUAUCUCCGUCCUCUUCUUCCUCUUCUCUCUCUCCCCCAAUACCCGACCCGACUACAACAACCCUCACCCGACCCGAUCACCCGAGAUUUCCUUCGUCGCUUCCUUGGAAGACUUCCUCGCUCACCGCGCCCCGAAACCCCGCUCCGAAGACACCGUUUCCGCUACCGACAACACCGACGACGACGUCGUUAAAGCGCUGGACGACUCGAUGUAUACGAUAGAGACUGAGAGAUUGGUGCACGGAGAUUCGUACUACCCUCUCUCGACGCCGAUUAGGGUUUACGUGUAUGAAAUGCCGAGCAAGUUCACCUACGAUCUACUUUGGCUGUUUCGUAACACUUACAAGGACACCUCUAAUCUCACCUCCAAUGGCAGCCCCGUCCACCGCUUGAUCGAACAGCAUUCGGUGGAUUACUGGCUGUGGGCAGAUCUGAUUGCGCCGGAAUCGGAGAGGUUGUUGAAGAAUGUGGUGAGAGUUAGUAGGCAGGAAGAGGCUGAUCUUUUCUACAUACCUUUCUUCACUACGAUAAGCUUCUUCUUGCUCGAGAAACAACAGUGCAAAGCGCUUUACAGGGAAGCUCUAAAGUGGGUGACAAAUCAGCCUGCCUGGAAGCGAUCUGGAGGAAGGGAUCACAUACUUCCAGUUCAUCAUCCCUGGUCUUUCAAAUCUGUACGCAAAUUCAUGAAGACUGCAAUUUGGCUACUACCAGAUAUGGACUCCACAGGGAACUGGUACAAGCCGGGGCAGGUGUUUCUGGAAAAAGACCUAAUUCUUCCUUAUGUUCCCAACGUUGAAUUAUGUGAUGCCAAAUGCUUAUCAGAAACAGAAUCAAAGAGAAGCACACUACUGUUUUUCCGUGGGCGCCUUAAAAGAAAUGCUGGAGGAAAAAUACGUCCUAAACUUGUAGCAGAACUAAGUGGUGCUAAGGAUGUAGUUAUAGAGGAGGGAACAGCUGGAGAGGGAGGCAAAGCAGCAGCUCAGAAUGGCAUGCGCAAGUCUAUCUUUUGUUUAAGUCCAGCUGGUGACACUCCAUCAUCUGCUAGAUUGUUUGAUGCUAUUGUUAGUGGAUGUAUUCCUGUUAUAGUUAGUGAUGAAUUGGAGCUUCCUUUUGAAGGAAUACUUGAUUACAGGAAGAUAGCUUUAUUUGUUUCGUCCAGUGAUGCAAUCCAGCCAGGGUGGCUUUUAACAUUUCUAAAAAGUGUUGGCCCUGCUCAGAUCAAAGAAAUGCAACGGAACCUUGCCAAGUACUCUAGGCACUUUCUAUAUUCCAGUCCAGCUCAACCUUUGGGUCCAGAAGACUUGGUUUGGAGAAUGAUGGCUGGUAAGUUGGUAAAUAUCAAGCUUCAGACACGGAGAUCUCAGCGCGUGGUGAAAGAGUCUAGAAGCCUGUGCACUUGUGAUUGCAGACCUGCCAACAUUACGAGCCCAGGUCUCUUAUCUUAAUGAAUUGCUACUCUCUCUCUCUCUCUCUCUCUCUCUCUCUCUGCUAGGUCAAAUGUAAUAUUCAGUUAUCCACUCUGUCAAAUUUUGGUUUGUUAUCUCUUAAUUUGUUGGUGGUAAUCUCUGUCAGUUAGCUGGAUUGUGAAUGCAAAUUUGUUUCCAUAUA